CUUGAACUAGGGGUAGCCCAGUGUACAAGUCACUGUCUUAGCAAAGCUGUUGUUCAAAUUCAUUUUCAUUCAUAGUCAUAUUCAUUCAGAAGUAAAGAGGGAUCUAAUGCAAACAUGGCUGACUAUGGCACAGACGAUGAGAUAAAACUGCAAGAAGAGAGUAAAGAAAUCAUGAAAUCUAUGAUCAAGUCAUAUCGAGCACCAAAUGACGAUGACAUAAUACAGAAAGAAGAACUAUGGGAUUGCUUAGACUUCAUAGGAAUCAACGUUAAAGAUGAGAACGCUAUGAGAGCAAUAAGGACACAAUUCGACACUGACAAGGAUGGCCAGCUAAGUAUUGAUGAAAUCGUUAACCAAUGGGAACUUCUCCAAACGCACAGUUUACAUAGUGAUUACCUACUAAAAUGUUUCAAGAAACUUGACAAAAAUAAGGAUGGCUUCCUUAGACUACCUGAAUUAAGAACAAUAUUAACGGCAAAAGGUAAGAACCAAUUUAGUGGAACAGAGGCAGCAGUUCUACUAGAAGACCUCAUGAAAUAUGACAAAGACAACAAUGGAAAAUUCACUUAUACUGAAUUCGUGGAGAUGUAUGCUGAAAAUGAAUUUCCAUUUAAACCAAAAGGAUUACCAACCAAAAAGCUACCGGAUGCAAAACAAAAGAUGGAUGACUGAGUUGGGUGUUCAUUUGGUUGAUGAUGCUGCAUCAUAGUUUGAAUACGAAUCAUACAAAGCCAGAAAAUACUCCAACUACCAUUUCAAUUUAUUUUUGAUUUCUCAUUAUUUUUGGAAACUGUGACUCAUCAUCAAACGUUACAUAGUUUUUGUUUGAAUAAUGAAGUAUAUACAUGUACAUAUAGUGUACCAAACAGGAGCAAUGAGUUGGAUCAGAAUUUCGUAAUAUGACCCCAUUUCACCAUAAGUUUAAAGCAAUCAAGAAUUUAUGAAGUGUAGAAUUCAUCGUAAAUGGAGG